GAAAAGGAAAUUUGGGUUGCAAAUGUGAAAACAUGUGCGGAAGACUGGUUCGUUGGAAGAGCGGAGGAGGAAAGUGUUGCCUCAAAACGAUCAACCUCAGCGAGCGGAAAAUCUGCAGCCAGAUUGGCGGAAGAAUCCCGGAAGAUUAAAAAGCUGAAGAAAAUGGAAAUUCUACUAAUAAAGGAACAGGAACUCGAGCGAAGAGUUAAGUUUAUGGGAAUUGAGUUGCAACAAGAAGAGAGAAGUCAGAUUAGAGAAAAAAUCGUGAAAUCUCAGUCAAGAAGUCAAGUCAUUCAAGAAAUGGAGGAUGAAGAAGCUGAAAGUCAAAGUUUGGAUGAAGAAGUUGCUUACAACGAAAGGCUGGACAAACAAGGAGAAGACAAUGAAGAUUCAAGUCUGUGUGGUGUUGAUGCUGUAAACAUUACAAGAAAGGAACCCAUUUUAAAAAACUUGGUGAAGUUCUUCUGGAACUUCAAAACCCGAAAUUGGAAAUUAAAAAGUUUGAUGGAGAUUGCCUGUCUUUCACCGAAUUCAUGAGGCAAUUCAAGUCCAGAAUAGAGAAAAUUUGCAAUGAUGACGAAAAGAUGGCUUAUCAAGAACAGUUUACUACUGGAGAAGCUCAUCGCAUUGUUACAGGGUAUUCAUUUUUGCCCUCAGAUGUUGGAUGCAAGGCAGCUAUCAAACAACUGUCACGACGUUAUGGUAAUGCUGAGGUGAUAGCUAACAGCUAUGUGCAACAGGUUUUACAAUGGCCGUCGAUUAAGGCUGAAGAUCCAAAGUCAAUUUACGCCUUUUCAAUAAUUUUGAAAGAAUGCCAAGCUGCAACUCGAUGCAUUAGAACUAUGAACAUACUUGAGCAUACAGAAAACCUGCGACAGAUCUUGAAGAAGCUACCAGUCUACAGGCAUGAUCGCUGGCGAAGAACUGUGCAGGAGUUGCAUAAAAAUGGAAAGGUGGUGAAGUUCUCGAAUCUAGUAGACUUUGUUGAGUUAGAGGCCAUGAAGUUGAAUGACCCAGUCUGGGGCAGAAACGCUCUUUCUUGUUUACAGAAAAGGGAACAAAAGUAUUCAAAGGUUAUGACAGCAGCAACUGAUGCUAGUGAAGGCCUGCAGUGCUGGGGUUGUGAUGGACCUCAUCGCAUCAAGGAAUGUCCGAAGCUGAAAGAAAGCAAUCUGACUGAAAGAAGAAGUCUCGUGUACCAAGUUGUCAGAUGCACGAGGCAUUUUACAAUAACCACCAGGUUCUUCUUGCAUCGGAGAAACACAAGGUUACUGUCAGUUAUCUUGAACUGGAACAAAAGCAUCGUUCAUUUCCCAGCGGUUACCUAUCCGAGCUAUAGAGUACUUUCUCCUUCAACCAUUUCUGCAUUUCCAACAAUUUACAAAAAGUAUUGGACGGUCUCUGCAAGUGAAAACAUCUGCAACAAAAUCGACAGAGAAAAAGAAGCUAUUUCUGCUGAAUUUCAAGAGACUGCACUCAAAAAUCGCCGAGAGAUCAAAUUAAAAGAAAAAGACAUUGGUUAUCAUUCGUAUUUACAUGAUCAAACAAGAUAAGGUACAAUAUCCGUCACGUUUAAUUGUUCAGUAUAUCACAUAAGUACAACAUGUGACAUUGCUUAUGUAGUUACACCAAAACUGAAGAUACCCAGCCAGCUUGAAACAAGCAAAAAGCAUCGAUUAUGUCUUGAAGUACUCCAACAGCGUUACUUGCACCUCAUCUACAUUUACAAUAAUAUACAAAAGCAUUACUAUGUCGUGUAAUCAUUCGCACUAUUUUUAGAUACCAUGCAAAUUAAUUACAAGACCUAUACACCAGUUGGAGAGUCAGAUAAAAAGCCUUGAUCAAAUGCUCGCAACAACAAUCAGCAUUAGCUACUAAAAGGGUGUAAAUUGCAAUUAGCUACUUAUGAUUCUCCAUUCGAGGUUGUUCAUCUGCAGGGGAUGGCAAGAGCGACAGCCAUUUCCCAGUCUUGUAGUGCUUGUCGUUAUAGCACCGUGAAUCGCCUUUCAUCACUGUCCAGAAUUGUCGAGAAAUUACAAUCUGUUCAGAAUGCACAAGAUGCCAAAGCAUUUCUAGUUGUUGUCCAGUUUCUAGCUGUUAUUUCCAAGAUACUCCUUUAAGAACCCUCUUAUUCUAUCCAGAAGGAGUUUUUAGGACGGAAAAUAUUGAGCGAAUUGUUGUAAGCAUUUGGACAAGGCUUAACACUUAUAUACAAUAUACAGCUGCAGUUAUUCAAUCUUAUGAACAUGUCAUGUUUACAUAACAAUGCAUGAAAUUAUUUUGGAGAAAAACGCCCAGCCCAUAAAAACAUAAGUGAUUGUGAAUGUGCUUAGGAGUGGCGCAGAAACAAAUCCAAAACUAUAUUCAGAUCAUAUACCAUAAAUUUGAAAACGAAAGAGAGACGAGAGAGAGUUUCUGAUAUUGUUAACAUCCGAGGGGCAUUGGAAAAUUAGGGAUUCCUCCCUGUCUGUGGAAAAAAUGCAGGAGUUGUCUCAAAAUUUUCGAAAAACCUGCCAGUGUCUCCCUCAAUUACAACUGCUUCCAAAUCAGUGGACUUUCAACCACUUCUGCGAACACUUUGAAAAUAGAUGCAACUUCGCCACCAAAGCCAUUCACAACGGGAUUGUUAAAUAGAAGGUCAAGGAACUAGAGUACAUCAAAUAACUCUUAACUACGAUUUACAAUUUGUUAAAAGAAGUACCCCACCUUAAACCACAAUAAACCAACAUAAGCAUAUAAAGUGGAGUCUGGAACAGUUGUGCUUAGAGU